AUGGGGAAUCUGAUGGUGAUUGUGGUGGUAACCAUGUCACGGCGGCUGCGGUCCGUUACCAACUUCCUGCUUGCCAACCUCGCCUUUGCUGAUCUGUGCGUCGGCAUCUUCUGCGUCUUCCAGAACCUCUACAUACACCUCGCCACCACGUGGGUGCUGGGCGACGCGCUGUGCAAGAUGUUCCAGUUCGUUCACAGCCUUAGCUAUACGGCGUCCAUCCUCAUCCUGGUGGUCAUCUGCAGCGAGCGCUACGUCGCCAUCAUACACCCUAUGGCCUGCAAGAGCAUCCUCACCCCGACCAGGCUCAUGGUGGUGGUGUCUACCGUGUGGUUCCUGUCGGCGGCGUACUCGGCGCCGCGGCUGGGCUGGAUGCAGACGGUGCGCUUCAACUUCAGCGGCGGGCCGCCAGAGGUGUACUGCCUGUCCAACAUCGCGCGCUACAACCGCCAGCUGUUCGACGUGCUGACGUUCGUGCUGCUCUACCUGCUGCCGCUGGCGAUCAUGAUGGCGCUCUACUCGCGCAUCGCCGUCGCGCUCUGGCGCAGCAGCCGCGGACUCGAGGACGUCGAGGUGAACGUCGACCCGCGACGGCAGCCCAGCUGCAGGAGGAAGGUGGGAGGCAGCGGCUCCUUCAAAGUGCGUUUCUCCGCGGGGCGGGCGGUGCGGUUGUCGACGCGUGGCAAGAGGACUCUGCUGGCGGUGGCGCCGGUGGCGGACACGCCGUCCGCGUCCCCGGAGCUGCAGAGUGGCCACGGCCACGGCCACGGCCACGCACACAGUCAUCAGGAGCAGCGGCGCGCCUCCGCGCAGAACGUGCUGCGCGCGCGGCGCGGCGUCGUCCGCAUGCUGAUCGCCGUCGUGCUGGCGUUCGCCGCUUGCAACCUGCCGCUGCACGCGCGCAAGAUGUGGCAGCUGUCGCCCAGCUACCCGUUCGACACGCCGUUCGCCGCCGUCUUCUCGCUGCUCACCUUCCUGGCGACGUACCUGAACGCGGCGCUCGACCCGCUGCUGUACGCCUUCAUGUCGCGAAACUUCCGGCGCGGCGCGCGCGAGCUGCUGUGCGCGCGCCGCCGCCGCCAACGCCCCCGCUCCUGCUCGCCGCUGCAGAGGCGCAGCUCGUCGCGGUCCGUGUCGCGGGCCGCCAGCGGGCACAGCUGA